AGCGUGGCUGGUCUCCCAGUGUUCACAGUGUUGUUGCUUCCUCUCUUCUCUUAGUGGUGAUUUUGACGCCUCCUUGAUAGUGAGAACCCAGCCAGUAUGUUUGUGUGUGUGUGUGUAUGCUGUGCCUAGUGCCUUCCAUGUGUCAGUGCCACAUGCAGUGCCUAGUAUAGUGCCAAGGCAGUCCUCAUCAUGCCUAGUGCCUUCGAUCUCUUCGGUCCCUUUGAGAACUCGCUCAGGACCUACCACAAACCACAGUGGCGCUUGCGGCCGUGCCCGUACGGUAUACACGUGCCCGAGAGCUGCACGUGUGAGCCCACGCACGAGUGUAAGCGACCACACUGUGCCAAUGACAUGCCCCUAGACCCACUGUCCAGGCUAACCAUUGGCACUCCUUUUGGCCCCAUGACUUCCAUCGUUGAUUCGCCGUCUUCGCAUAAGUGUCGCUCCAACGGAUGCAGCCAAUCUCCGCCCACAACGCCCACGCGGGCGCCGAGUGCAUUCUCUGUUGCUGUGGUGGACCGCCUAUACUCCACCCCCACCCACGCCUCAGCUGCCAAGAUGAAGUGUGUGGGUCGUUCUCAGAGCCAGGACGCUGCAGGAGACGACCCACCCGACGACACUGUGGGCGGUCAUGUUGGCAGGAAGGCUGGAUCCAGACUAAUAUCUCAGCUGAUAAGUGAUCAAGUUCUAGGUAGCCACGACCGCACGCGCCGCGACGGAGCGUCGCCUACACGCAGAACUCAGGGCAUACGCCGCGUGCCUACCAACUUCCCGUCGGACUUGGCCUACCCUACACGCCGCUCUCAGUCAUCACACGCAGCCGUCAAGACUGUAAACAGUCAUUUUAGUAAGCGCAGCCGUGUUAGCGAGAGUGAUGCUUCUUCCAGUGAGCUCUCCUCCUCCCCGGAGACAUCCCCAGGCACUACCCCAGUCACUACUCCAGUCACUACCCCAGGCACUACCCCACUCUCCACCCCCAGGAAACUACUAUCUCCCCAAAACAAUAUUAAUCAAGUUUUUCACAUGAAGACUUCAACUUGGAAGAGAGUUGCCAAGUCACCGAGCGCUCGAGCCUCGGCUGUGUUCUGUGGCGGGAUCACAAAGGGCAAGAUGAAGCCUACACCACUUAACAAGAGCGCCAGUGACGGUAUCGAGCUACUUCGUACUAACGCAGGACUGAGACAAGUCAAGGGUAUCGGUGUCCUGGGCGACGGAGACAAGAAGAUCUUGUGUGAAGACUUGCUGAGAGAGCCAGUGAGCGGCAAGGUGUCGCGCGUUUCCUCAGACUCUCGGGUAGACGAACUGCUGGCGCAGGCCUACAUGGCCCUAGAGAGCCUAAUACCAGAACAUAACAAUGGGGCGUCUUUGGUGCCUUGCCAGCCUCAACACGACUCGCUGAGACGCCUGGCUAUAGCUCACGCCAGGAAGGAGAACGGCAAGAGUUACAAGGAUCUCACCCAGAUACUGCAGGAGAAGAUAGAGGAACUCGAGGAUUCUAUGGCACGGUCAGAGGAGCAGGUAGCAGCAGCACGAGCCUGGCUGCAGGCAGAGAGUGUGUGGCUGGUACAUAGAGGCGGCUUCUGUGCUGCCAGGCAGCUGCGGGAGACAGAUUCUGGAGAAGCUUUACCUGAUGGACGUGUUAGAGUCAAGCUAGAACACAAUGGUGAUGUUAUUGAGGUUGACGAGGACGACGUCGAGAAGGCCAACCCUCCUCCAUAUGACCGGUGUGAGGACCUGGCACAGCUGCGCCACCUGAAUGAGUCAUCAGUACUACACACCCUCCGUCAGCGCUAUGGUUCAAACCUCAUCCAUACCUACGCAGGGGCAGCCAUGGUUGUCAUUAACCCCACCAGUCCACUGGCUAUCUACUCUGAGAAGGUUAUUCAAAUGUUCAAAGGUUGCAAACUGGAGGACAUGCCACCACACAUAUACUCUGCUGCUCAAGCUUCCUACCGUGACCUGCUGGCCACCAGGCGUGACCAGAGCAUUGUCUUCCUCGGCCGCUCCGGAGCUGGAAAGACUACUAAUUUCCGGCACAUAUUGCACUACCUGGCACUAGCUGCUGGGGCUGCUAAUAAAGUGCUCACAGUUGAGAAACUAAAUGCCAUAUCAACAUUACUUGAAGCUUUUGGCAACAGUCGGACAGUAAUGAACACCAAUGCAACACGUUUCACACAGAUAUUCAGCCUGGAUUUUGACCAUUCUGGACAAAUUGCCUCAGCAUCAGUACAAGUGUAUAUGCCAGAAAAAACUCGCGUGGUGCGUCGUCCUGAGGGAGAACCCAACUACCACAUAUUCUACCAGCUGCUAUCCGGUGCCGACAACGACCUUCGUCGAGCACUGGGCCUGGACAACCUCUCCGAACCAAACCUUUUCAUGACCCCACUGCAGAGGAGUGAGGACCGGCAAAAGGCAGGUAUCGCCUGGGCCAGGAUCCGUGCAGCUCUCGACGUGCUCGGUGUCUCCCCUGAUGAGCAGAAUGCCAUCUGGAGUGUCUUGGCUGCGGUAUAUCACCUGGGCACCGCUGGAGCUGUUAAAACUGCAAGUGGGAAUAAGUUCCAGUUCUGCAAGCCAGGUAGUGCCCAAUGGGCAGCAAGACUUCUGGGCACCUCAGUGGAAGAGUUAGCACGCUCCAUCUUCUAUGCCACUCCCACCACACCUUCCAGCAGAGCUUCAUUCAGUGGUCUCUCUGAGACAUUUGACGACAUUAUUGACAUGAUUCAACAUGCUGGUUAUGGUGAUAGAACUGCGUCACCGACAGAGAGACCAACCGAGCGUCCUGAAGGUGUAGAAGCUCUGGAGGGCAUGGCAACGGGUCUUUAUAGUGAAGCCUUCAAUGCUAUUGUAGCACUCAUCAAUAGAUGUAUAUCAACGUCAGCUCACACCAGCAGCUCCAUCUUGGUGGUGGAUGCUCCAGGUUUCCAGAACCCAGCGUCGUGUGGCAGAACCUCUGGGGCGACCUUCCAGGAUCUCUGCCACAACUACACACAAGAGCGCUUCCAGAUGCUCUUCCCCGUCUUCCUAAUAGAUUUUAGUGGAAAAUUUCAUAUGAAUAUCUUUCUUCAGGAAAACAUCGAGUAUGGUGAUGUAGCUGAUGAAAUUGGUACUCCGGCUCCCUUAAUUGCACUCAUAGACAAAGCAUCUUCCAACUGCGUUGUGCGAACCUCUCAGAUUGACCUGAGGGAGAGUGACCGACGAGGACUGCUGUGGCUGCUAGAUGAAGAGGCAAUAUUUCCCGGUGCAUCUGACCAGUCCUUCUUGGAGAGACUCUAUGCUCAUUAUGGAGAUAGAGAGUACUCACAACUGUUGAAGAAAGGAGCGGCUGCAGACCAGUUCACACUACAGCACUUCCAGGGUACCAACCCUGUCACAUACUCCAUCCAACACUGGCUCAAGGCAUCACGUGAGAACCCUGUCAUGAGACAAGCUGCUGCACUCCUACAGGAAUCCAACAAAGAAACCUUAAGCAGACUCUUCGUGUUUAGUCGUGGUCCAGUAAGCAACACCAUCAGUGGGUCGGUGGUGGGGAUUGAAGGCUCGCAGUCAUUAAGAAGAGCCUCAUCAAUCAGAAGAGCUUUCACCACAGGAACAGCUGGCAUUAAGCGAAAGAGUGUCUGCUUGCAAGUUAAAUUUACUGUAGAUGGCAUCAUCGAGAACUUACGACGAAGUAAACUGAGGUUUGUGCACUGCUUGUUACCGCAGCACAACGCUGGCUUGUGUGACCUCAAGGCUUCCCUCAUGAUGCCCAAUAAUACCAAUAAUUCUAGUGAAGAUAUUCUUCUUAAUGUGCCUCUCGUCCGCUCUCAGUUGCGAGGUUGCCAAAUCUUAGAUGCUCUGAGACUACAUAAACAAGGUUUCCCCGAACAUCUUCAGUAUAGUGAGUUUAGACGACGGUUUGCCGUGCUAGCACCAGCCGAGGCACGAGCCCAAGCGCCGGUGCUGGAUGAGAGAGCUGCUGUCGAGGUCAUUCUGGCUCACCUGGACCUAGAUUCUUCGGUGUAUCGUCUGGGUCUCUCUCAGGUAAGGUAAUCCAUGGUAAUGCUAGAGAUUUACAAGAUCUUUGAUGGAUUUACAGGCAGGAAUAGAUACAUCAUUGCCUUGCAGUGUCUGUCAUCACUGCUAUAAAGGGGUGCUUUCAUGUUGUGAAGAGUUCUUGAUCCAAGAAAUUAGAUGAAAUCCCAUUAUCUUUCACUCCCCAGGUACUAUGCGACCCCAAUUGAUUUAAAACACUUCCCCAUGAUUGUAAUAUAUUAAUUCUCAUCAGCGUACAUGAGUGGAACAACUGCUAGAAAUCAGGUGAGUUGACUUAUCAACUCAUUUGAUAGGAAUGACCACUACUGAACAGGUAAGUCUGGUUCACUACAUUUUGACCUCAUAACUGUGUGUUUGUGAAGAACUCUUGAGACUCAUCAAAUGUACCAAGGCC